AUGUAAAAAAUAAGUGAUUUACCAAAGAGACCAGGAAGAUCAUAAAGAUUGGAACAAAUAAGUAGAAGGAUAAAUUUAAUAUCAAAUCACUUUCCUAUGAAGUUCAUAGAGUAAAAUCAAGCAAUUAAUAUAUACUCAGUUGAUUUAGAUCCAGUAAUAGCAGAUGAUGCUAGAAAAUUAAGAGAAGAGAUUAUUAAAUUAGCAAGAAAAGAUUUUGAAGCAUAAGGAUUGAAAGAAUUUACAGUAAUAUAUUUUAAGAUGAUUUUAGUUAAGAGGCUAGAAUAUAUGGUCAUCUUAUAAUAUUCAAGAUAGAUUAAUAGGAAAAGCAUAAUUUUAAUAGUAAGAGUAUAUAGUUAUUGUCUAACAUAAGAAAGAGUAUACUUUAUAAGAUUUAUCAGAAACGACUACUAAUCCAGUCACAUAAUCAAUUAAUGUAGCAGUUAAAAGAUCUUUAAAAGAAAUGGGAAUGAUUGAAAUAGGUAGAUAAUCUAAAUUUUAUGAUCCAAAGAAUAUUGAAUGCAAUAGAGUAAUAUUUCUAUUUAAUUUCAUUAGAUUAAUGAACAUGGAUUAAAAGUGUGGAGAGGAAUUAAGACUUCUUUUUAAAUUUAUUAAGGCAUGCCUUUCCUAUAAAUAGAUUUUGCAUCCAGAGUUCUUAGAGAUCAAACUGCUUUAGAAUUUAUGUUGAAUCUUAAUACUAGGAGUAUUUAAGAUAUUAAAAAUGAAAUGAUAGGAUUAAGUGUUUUAGCAGCAUAUGGGAAUUGCAGAAUUUAUAGAAUAGAUGAAAUUGAAUUUAGUUUAAAUCCUACUCAUUCCUUCUAAUUAUAAGAUGGAAAAUCUAUUACAUAUUAAGAAUAUUAUAAAUAAAGAUAUAAUAUUUAAAUUAGAGAUCUUUAAUAACCUCUAUUAAUGUAUAAGGAUAAAAGAAAUUUAGAUAAAAUUGCAUAUUUAGUACCUGAAUUAUUAACUAUGACAGGAUUAACUGAUCGUUAAAGAGCUGAUUAUAAAUGUAUGUAAAGUGUUGCCAAAUAUACUAAAUUGUCACCAUAGUAAAGAGAUGAUGAAAUCUAUAGAUUUUAUUAAGAUUUAAAAAAAAAUCUUUAAAAAAAGAAUAUAUAAUUAAGUGAUGAUUAAAAUGUAUAAGGAUUUUAAUUGUAAGCACCAAGAAUUUAUAUGGGUAAUAAAGAAUAUUAAACAGAUUAAAGUGGAUUCUUUAUGAUUAAAGAUCCUGUCUUUUAAGGAUCUCAUAUUUAAGAUUGGUUUAUGGUUUAUUAAUCAAGAGGUAAAAAUGAUGAUGAUGAUGUUGAUUUUAUUGUCUCAGAAUUAUAGAAAUAAGGAGAAAAAAUAGGAAUUAGAAUUGAAAAGCCUUAUUUUGUAAUGCUUAAAGAUAAUAAUAUAUAAAAUUGGUUAUAAAGAUUAAAUGCUGAGAUAGGAAAUAAACCUCCAUAAAUGAUAGUCACAUUUGUUAAUGAAAGAGACAAAGAUAAAAUCUAUGGACACAUUAAGAGAUAUUGUUUUUAAGAUUUAGGUAUUAGUCAUCAAAACAUUCUAAGCAAAUUCUUAAGAACUAAGAAUCCUUCUAGUGUUGCUUCUAAAAUUGCAUAAUAGAUGAGUAUGAAAUUAGGUAAUGCUUUAUGGGCUAUUCCUAAACCAAAUGGUGUAUCAGAUAAAACAAUGAUUGUUGGUAUUGAUAUUUACCAUAAAUUAUUAACUAAUCGUAAAUCUUGCAUGGGAUUUGUUGCUUAUUUAGAAUCAGAAUGUUUGAAUACAUUUUCUAAACCUAUAAUAAUGAGAGAAGGAUAAGAACUAUCUCAUGAAGUAGGGAGAGUAAUUGUUGAAGCUAUUUCUGCUUAUUUUGAAAGAAAUGGUAAAAAAUAUCUACCAGAUACUAUAAUAGUAUUUAGAGAUGGAGUUGGUAAUGCAUAAAUAGAUGCACUUAAAUAGACUGAAAUCUAAUAAAUGAAAAAUGCAAUAAAAAGUAUUAAUAAAAAUUACAAUCCUUAAUUUGCUGUUAUAAUGAUAAAUAAAAAAAUAAAUGAUCGUUUCUUUAUGAUCAAUAAUGGAGGAUAAUAAUAAAUGAAAUCAUAAUUAUCUAAUCCUCCUUCAGGCACUGUUAUUGGUGAUAAAAUUACGUCAUCUAAUUUCGAUUAUUUUAUUACUGCCUAAUAUGUUACAUAAGGUACAUGUACUCCAACUCAUUAUCGAGUAUUAGAAAACAAUACAAAUUGGAGUGAAGAGUUAUUUUGGUAAUUAACAUAUUAUUAAUGCUUUAAUUAUUAGAAUUGGAGUGGAGCUGUAAGGUAUUUGUUUAAUUAUUCCAAUAUAUAGAGUGCCAGCAUGUGUAUAAUAUGCUCAUAAAUUAGCUUAUUUAAUUGGAGAUACAUAUUAGGGAAAUAUUCAUAAAAGAUUGGCACAUUUAUAAUGUUGUCUAUGA